AUGGCCAGGUCCAAAAAGUCGUCCAAGGCAUCCGCCGCCGCCCCCUCCCCCGCCCAGGCCCACCAGUACGACCCUGCCACCCUCAUCGAAAAGGCCCACAUCCUCCUGGGUCAAUCAAACUUUGAGUUGGCCAUCAAGUUUCUCGAACGCGUUCUCGAGAUUGACCCGAAGAAUCUCGAGGCCAGGGAGCUAGUCGGUAUCGCCGAGCUCGAAGCUGGCGACCCCGACGUCGGCCGGCAGCACCUCCUCGAACUCCUUCCUCCCCAUACACCCCAAGCCCCGGAACAUGCUUCUCCCUAUCUCUAUCUCGCACAGUGUGCUCAAGAUCCUCAAGAGGCCCUGGGAUACUACACGACUGCUACCGCGAUGCUGGAGAAGAGAAUAGGAGAGAAGGACCAGAAGGGGAAAAGUAAGGUGGCCGAGGACGGACAGGAGGCGGAAGAAGACGAGGAGAGAAAGACGGUGGUGAAUGCGUUGGUUGCAAUGAUUGAGAUCUGGAUGUCAGACUUGUGCAUGGAGGAGGCUGCCGAGCGAAAUUGUGACGCCUUGAUCAGCCGCGCACUCUCUGUGCUUCCCAAUGACCCGGAAGCACGUCUCUCCCUGGCAAGUAUCAGGAUGUCACAAUCCAGAUUCGACGAGGCCAAGGAGGUCGCCGUUGCUUUGUAUAAUGAUUUCGAGGGACGUGAGCCUUUCGACCCCAUACUACCACCUCUACCUGUCAGGCUCGCGCUCUCCCGCCUGCUGCUUGAACACGGCGAACACCUUCCAGCCCUCGACAUUAUUUCCACCAUCCGGGAAGAGGACACCCUGCUCGUCGAGGGUGCCUACCUCGAAGGAUGGGCACUCUAUCUUCGAGCCGAGGCUAUCACUGAGAACCCCGCUCUUUUACAAGUGCCCCCGUCUGCGCCCAAGGAAGAAAGACAAGAGGACGAAAGCGAGGAGCCCAUGUCUGCGGAAGAGUGUUUGUCCGAAGCUAUGCGUUCGCUCAUAGAAUGCGCCAGACUGUUUACCGAUGAAGACUAUCUGGAUGAGGGAAUUGGAGCACAUGUGGCGGAGCUUUUGGAAGAGUUGGAGAAGAAGGGCAUCGUGCCUGCUAUCGGGGACGAGGAGGAGGGCGAGACCGAGGACGUGGAAAUGGAAGAGUAG